AUGUUUUGCACCAUUCCUCGAGUUGCCGGGCGAGUUCUGGGAUAUGCUCUCAUCUACGCCCCCAGCGACGUGGGUCGAGACUGCGUCGCUCGUGAAGUCCAAGACCGUCACAAUGACCCAGAAGUUCUCGUCGGCCUUGCACAUCUCUACAUCUAUGGCUUGAUCCGCAUCUAUUGGCGAGCAUUCUUUUUUCUUGAUUAUCCGAUGUUCAUUAACCCUUGGGCAGUCAAAAACCCAAAGGGCCCUACGCCGCUGAUCUCUGCCGAUUCGAGUCCUCGACAAUCGUUCGAUGUGACCUUGGAAGGCGACGCCCGGACUAGGGUAGAACCAGGUGUGAGCCCGCAAGAUUUGAAGGAUGUUAUGAUGGGUCGGGAUAAAUACCGCUGUGUGUUCACACAUAAGCCCGACGGGGACUCCGUACUGGGUGGUGUCGUGUCCGUUGACCUUCAGACACUACGUGCGUCAGGGGGUGCAGUUGAUCUGCAAGUGGCGCAUAUCAUCAGCCACUCGCUCACAGCAGAUGUGGGAGGUAUGACUCGGAGUGCGCACGACAAGUUGCAGUGGGCUUCUUCUGCUGCUGCCGUUCUGGAUCGUUUCGCGGGUAUCGAGAUCAAAAGCAUUCUACGCAAUCUAGAUGUGCAUAACCCAUUGAACGCGUUUAUGACGUCUCAUGAUCCACACGUCCGAUUCGACGGGCUGGACAUGUGGUUGACACCCUCCAAGGCACGUCCUUUGUUUGUGAACUGA